CAAUACUAAAGUGAUAUUGAAGUGUCAAGACCAGUAUGGCUGCUAAACUGAUCCAACGUGAUAGCAUCUCUACAAGAACUAAGACGAUACUGAGACAACGAUUCCAAUUUAGGUGUAAAUAUCGUAACUUCAUGAUAUAAGGCUAGAAAUGCGAAGCAGUUGAAUUGGAAUACCUCAAAUGGUAUAAAAAAGCUACGCCCUGAAUACUGAGGAUAAACCAACAAGCCUUUGCUACACUCAGAAGUCAAGAUCUUUCAAGAUUUCAUUUCGGAAAGAUGGUGAGUUUGCUGCUCUAAAUGUUUUUCGUUUGCAUUGAACCAGUGUUGAGAUUUUAGCUUAUUGUUUGAGUUAAAAUGCUCUCGUUUGUCUCAAUUACUAGGAGCUGAAAUGUUUCCAACUUUGUUUCUUACUGUUGUUUGUUAUCGCUGCAUCUGCAGCCCCUGGCUGUAAAGAGUGCGGACCGGAUGAAAAGGUAAAGAAAAAAGUAGCCCUGGUUAUUGAAGUUAGAUGUAUGUGUCUUUCUUUUGCAGUUAAUAUCAAGGGAAAAGCAUUCCGCAGAAGAAGUUAGAGUAUUCAUGUUUCUCCUUUUUUUCUCGUAGAAUUCAACCGUGUUUCACUACAAAGUUAAAAUCAACGUCGAUGGUGAAGAUUACAUUGAAAAUAUUACAAUCGACACCAAAAAUCAAACGGAGACUUUUCACAUCCCAAAGAUGAAUUCUUCCAACGCUGGGGAGGUGGACGUUAUUUACGACUUUAACAGAGUAAGUGAAGAAAGGGUGGGAUUAUUGACUAAGUUAUUAGAACCUUGAGUCUAGUUAAUUUAAUUUGGCAUUUGUUUUUCUUAAUCGAAUAUUUCCUAAAAACAACUCUCUUUGCAAUUCAAAUAUUUCGUGAUUGCUCCUUUAGCGCCUCCCUGAAAUGAAGUUACUUUUCCUUUUGUAGAAUUUAGUCAUGCGUCGAAUGUCUGCUCAAAAAGCCUGUUUUUUGAGCAACAUCACUGAAAAUGCUCCUGGACCCAACGAUCUCAAAAGAGCACUUGACCAGGUGAGUUCAUUUUAAAUUUAAGCUCACUUUUCUGGUCCGUAAUUACUACUCAUUGCAUAAAGACAUAUUUUCUUGUUUCGUGCAAUUUAAUAAUUUGGGUCCAAUCAGUGAACACUGAAUAUAGAUGGUUUCAAAACCAACUUUAAUCGGAAUGUUUCUACAAAUGAGUCCGGCUAAAAAGACUCCCUGUAACUAAAUUUAUUUUUUCUAUUCAAAAUAUUUUCAAGAUGAAUGGUACAUCACAGGCCCCACAAGCUGGAAAUUCGUCAAGGCUCGAUUACGAAGUUGAUGGUAUCGUCAGCGACCGAUCAAGUUUGAGCGAUGAAAUGGCAGAAAUGUGUUCCAAGCUGCCAAUUUAUCACAUUAAGAAGAGAAGUGGUAAGAUUCCUUGUGUUUUGUCGUCAAUUUUUACUUUACGUUCGAUGUGGCUGCGAUUUUUUAAACUCAGUCAAGCCCCAGUUCUUUACUUUUUGACGCCAAAAUCGUUCGUCUGCAGUCAAACCUUAUCAUAGAGCCUUUAACUUGACUAGUUGGUACGUUAAAGGAGAGGCUAAGCGAACGCGUAACUCGAAAAAUAGUGGUCUCCGAACCUUUCCGAUCAGAAAUCUCGCCAGCAUAUUUGAUGAGUUUGGAAGUCUUUCAUUUCUUUCCAAGCUCUGAUAUUUGUUCUUAUAAGUCCAGGGUUUCGGUUCAAGUAAACACAUGACAUUGAACACUUUUCAGCACCUUCACUAAGUAUCCAGCUUGCUCUAAAACAACCCAUUCAAUAAUUCAUUUUUAUUUUCCGGAAGUUUUGUUUAUCACAGUGCACUACUGCGAACGGGCUAUUUAAGAUCGUAGGGUCAUUUAGUAUUAUCAACUGAGCCACCGUAAAAAAUAAGUUGACGUUUCCCGCGUUAGCCCUUCGUCAGAGCGAAUGUUUCAGUUUCUUUAAAAGCUUAUCCCCUUUAUUUACGCUCCUCUUUGGCUUCUACAGGGACAGCAUGGUUUUACAUUAAGUGUUUUUGUCUUAAUUCAUGGUUAUCAUUACUAAAUAAGCCCUGGCUUAGAGAAUCUUGCAUGAACCCAUGCGCUUUAAGGGUACGCAACGUAAUACACUGACUUUUCUCAUUUUUGCAGUUGGUAAGAGAUUCAGACGACGAAUAUGUCUCCGUUACUACUACUAUUAUUGGCGAUGGACAUGGACUAGACUAGGGUGGUGUUACUGCAGAUUUAUAUUUUAUGUCUGGCGAUGUACGUAAGAUGAAGAAGGCAGAUAGGACACUUCGAAAAAUACCAUAAUACUCUUUCACGCGUGGGGCGUAAUUAUCCAUGACUCCUUUAUUAAGGUGACACAUUGGAAUUCGGAAAGUGUGAACAAACCCUGUACAGAAGCACUCUGUAUGGCUGAGGAAUCCAUAUAGAGAGCCAAAAAUAUCAGCUGGGGAGAAUGGGUUGAAAAUCAAAUAAGAACUGAUGACGUGUCACCCAAAAUGCGUAUGAAAAAGUAUUAUGGCAUUUUCCGAAAUGGCCUCCAGCAAUCAUGAGGAUGACCACUGCUCGAAUAACGGCUAACGAAAACGGAAAAAAUGAUGUAAUUGGAUCUUAAAACUUUCUAUAUUAAAAGAAAAAAACGAGUGCAGCUUUUAGCCAAGGGAAACAUAGGGUGUCGAAUCAAUAAUAAAAGGAAACAAAAUCAACUUUUUUUUCAAAUUAGUCUCAAAAUCUUAAAACAAUUGUGAGAAAAAUUAUCGAUUAGUAAGUGACCGAUUUAAUUUUUACCGACACUUGUUCUUAAGUUAAGAUUUUGUUGAUCAAAUGUUGCUCUUUGCAUGCUACUUGCGUUGAAGAAUAGCGCUGUAAUGACUAACUUGGGCAUGACGGAAGCUUGAUUACAAUUAGCUACACAUAAACUUAUAUUCAGUCAUCUGUGUUGAUCUCCAACUCAAACACAGCUUAAUUAUAAGCUACGGUGAAGCGAAAAGACCAUCUCAACGUGAUUAAGGAGAAAGAUAAAUUCUGAAUGUGAUCUGGUAAAAUCUGUGUUCUCCUCCACACAUCUAAUUUGUUAUCAAACCGUGUAAACUGAAGGAAGUCAUGGCGAUGCUUUCGACGCGAGGCCUGUACUUACUUGUU